AUGGCGACGGGCCACGGCGAGCAGGCGAUGGAGGGGGCCGCGCGCGACGGUUCGACAUGGACGGCCGCGGAGGACAAGCUGUUCGAGACGCUGCUCGUCGACAUGGACGCGCUGCCCGACGCCGCCGCUGCGGACGACGCGCGCUGGGAGGCGAUCGCGGCGAAGCUUCCGGGAAAGACGGCGGACGAGGUGCGGCGGCACUACGAGGUACUGGAGGAGGAUAUUCGCGGCAUCGAGAGCGGCCGCGUGCCGCUGCCCGCAUUCGACGCCAAUGGCGCGUACGUCCUCGCGAGUGCUGACGUCAAGGACGAGCCGAUGACGUCAGCGGGAUCUCCGCGAGACGGCUCGGACGCGGAGGCGUCGGGGGCGCGGAAGGCGUCCGCGGGGAGCGCGGGCGCGGGGAAAGAGAAGCAGUCGUCGCCCGCGGGUCAGUCGCAGCAGCAGGCGUCGUCGCAGCAGCAGGCGUCGCAAGGGGCCGCGGCGCAACAGGCGCGAGGGUCGGAGCAGGAGAGGCGAAAGGGCAUCCCGUGGACCGAGGAGGAACACAGGUGCGCUGCAUGGCACAUGGCAGUGCAUGUCAGCAUCCACUGCACGCCCUCCCAUAUGUUCCCCCAUGUCUGCUCCUUGCUGAUGCCUCUGCCCGUGCUCUCCUCUGAUGCCCAUUGCUCUGCUUCCCCCGGCAGGCUCUUCCUGUUGGGGCUGGCCAAGUUCGGCAAGGGCGACUGGCGCAGCAUCUCGCGCAACUUUGUCAUCUCGCGCACGCCCACGCAGGUGGCGUCACACGCGCAGAAGUACUUCAUCCGCCUCAACGCCAUCAACAAGGACAAGCGCCGCUCCUCCAUCCACGACAUCACCUCCGUCGCCGCCGCUGCCGGUGCCGGCGACGCCGGGCAGCAGCAGAGCGGGCCGAUCACGGGGCAGCCGGCGGGGACCGCUAGGGCACCGCCCAUGGGGCACGUGCACCAUGGCAUGAUGCCCAUGCCGCCUGCCCCCGGGCACCCCGCGUAUGGCCCGCGCACCCACCUGGCCCGGCCCGUGGUGGCGGCACACAGCAUGCCCCUCCCCCACAUGGGGUACGUGCAGCCCCCCACCAUGCAUCACGGAUGA